AUGGUCAAAGCCGACCCCACGCGGAACUACUACGCGGACCUCAAGGUGUCUGCGAACGCCACCGAGAACGAGAUCCGGAAAGCAUACCGCGGCCUCGCGCUCCAGUACCACCCCGAUCGCAACCCAGGACGUGAGACUGAGGUGGUAGUCAAGUUCCAGGAAAUCCAGACGGCGCACGAGAUUCUCUGCGAUCAGGCACAGCGAGCAAAGUACGAUGCUGAGCGAAGAAAGUACCGCAACCUCAACAUACCCACGCAUACUCCAAACACCCCUCGAACGAGGCCGCCACCACCACCUCGAAAUGCAUACACUACCUCCACCCCAAGCGGGUCGUAUUACCGCGCUCCUCCCCCCAAGCCAUCGCCACAGGCGCAACGGCCCGGUCCACCACCGCAAUAUGCUUCGUACGCCAGCGGUGCCGACCGCUUCACGAGCAAGAACUUCCGUACGCCACCAACUGCACAGCGGCCAGAAACCCGACAACAGAAGGAUGCAGAGGCACGGGCUAAUGUCUUCACCGCAUGGCAGAAGAUGAAGCAGCCACGAGCCGAAGAAGCUCGCGCACAUAAUGCGAGCGCUCAAGCAAACCAGAACAGUCAAAAUGCCCAGGGCCAGCAGCACAACCCGAAUGGCACACCGUUUGGCCGAAGUGCGAGCACGAGGGUCCCAUCGUCAAGAAAAGGCUUUGACCCAGGUACCCCAGGAGGAGACGAAGGACAGGCACGGUCAGCUUAUAGGAACUACGCGCGACCUGCCCCUACUCCGCCCAGCUCGACAACUCCACCUCACCCGCACCCAUACCCUCCGAUGGGAGACACCCAGACCAACGAAGUGCCAUACAACGAGGGUACUCGCACACGGACGCCGUAUUAUUCUAGCGCAGCAGGAGAGCGGACUUCCAUGUUUGAGGGUCUUGGCCGGUCUGCGAGUGUUCGAAACUCGCCCACAGGAUCAAACCGAGCAAACCCUGGUGCAGAUGCUGGCUCAUUCUCAGAUUCAGGUCGCCGGCAACAGCGGAACUCGUACGCCGGUACUCCAAACAAGCCGUUCCCUCACAUGUAUGCCGACUCGAGCGACGAGGAUUCCGAGGCAGAGGUCUUCGGAGGCACCAACAAGCACAGAGAUCAGCCUCCGCCAAAGAAUACACAGCCUCCACCACCUCCUCCAACAUGGGCUCAGGGUGCAUUUACAACCCCUCAGAAGCAGCAGGCCAAUGGCAUGACAGGAAACAUGCCAAACAGCUUCAAGAGCAGAAGUGAGGAGAGCAUCAAUAUGAAGUUUUCGCCUUCGGACUGGCAUGGCAAGUUCGAAGGCAGUGCUGAUUAUUUUGCGCCUAACGUGCCCAAAGGUUCCACUGCCAAAGGACGCACGUCUCCGACACGAGGCAGACCGCCCCAGCGGAAUGCUACGGGAGCACCGCCAGUGUCGCCAUUCUCGCAACCACAGGCGGCAUAUCAGUCUUACCCCAUACCUCCUCCUCCCCCGGGGCCUCCACCGAAUGUCAACUUCCCGCCUCCGCCCGAUGGUGGAGUUCCUGCGGCGACAUUCAAGGCAGAAGAAUGGUCAAGCUACUUCAAGGAGCCGAGCUGGGUCUACUCAGAGCAGAAGGAGACUUCGCCGCGUCGUGCCUCGGAAGCCACCAAGCGACCGAAAGCAAACCGAAAGGCGUCUAUCGCGCAGGACAAGCGAUCAAAAGCGACAGAAAAGCCCGACCCGUCGCGGCCGAAGAAGUACCAGGCAACUGCCGAUGACGCUGAAAAAGGCGACGCGGACGCAAUGGACAUCGACUCGGCUACGCCACCUGUACCGAACGCUGGAGGCGCGAAUUCAAAUCCACAAGCCGCGACUGCGCCUCCUCCAGGUCCCAGCACAAAUGGUACAGGCCCUCAGCUAAAUGGCACGGCUGCCGCAUCGAGGCCUCCUGCAGCAGGCCUGAACGGCGUGACCACAGCUCUCGUCGAUGAUGACACCUUCGCGGCAACUUCAACUGCGGGCAGCAUGGGUCUCAAUGGCCUAUCUGAUACCCUUCCCUUCCCAUCAGAAUCCUCCAAGUCCCAUCCCACUAAGCCUUCCACCGUGCAGAAGCUCAAGUUUCCCAACAUGCCGCUCGCCCCAGUGCUACCCACAUCUUACGACCAAGUCUUCGUCGACCUCUACUUCAACCGCUUCGAAACAUACUGCAAAGACUACAUGAAGGCAACCGCCGCCAUGACUGCGCACUUCGUUGCCCGCGACGCUGAACUCGCCGGUAGUCUGGAUGAUAGAUUCGCACACCAUCGCGGCGAAAUGACCAACAAGCUGGGCUUCCAGGGCUACAUGAACAGGAUGAAGGAAGACGAACAGGUCCUCGAGACGUGGAUGGUCUAUCAACAGAGCCACAUCAAAGCCAUGGCUACGUGUGAGGAGGUGAGGAAUCGUACCAUGAAGAUGUAUCAGGACAGAGCGAAUGGGAUUGGUGCUUAG